UGGCGCCGCACCCAUUCGUUGAACGUCAUACAACGGGGAAUUCUCACGAUACGUGGAUAAGACUUAUGGCCCAGAAAUCUUUGCGUUUCCUCUUUCCCCACGGCGCUUGGAAAUGGGCAUUUCCCGGAACAAUUGGCACAAGCGUCGCAAGACUGGAGGCAAAAGGAAGCCAUAUCAUAAAAAAAGAAAAUAUGAACUUGGUCGCCCUCCUGCAAAUACCAAGAUUGGUCCACGCCGUAUUCACACAGUGAGAGUCCGCGGUGGUAAUAAAAAGUACCGGGCACUGAGGUUGGAUGCUGGAAACUUCUCCUGGGGUUCUGAAUGUUGCACACGGAAAACGAGGAUCAUUGACGUGGUGUACAAUGCCUCAAACAACGAACUGGUUAGGACAAAAACAUUAGUCAAAAACUGUAUUGUUCUAAUUGACAGUACUCCCUUCAGACAGUGGUAUGAAUCUCACUUUGCGCUUCCACUCGGCCGGAAGAAAGGUGCCAAGCUGACCCCUGAAGAGGAAGAAAUUUUGAACAAGAAGAGGUCAAAGAAAAUUCAGAAGAAAUAUGAUGAUCGCAGAAAGAAUGCAAAAAUCAGCCCACUGCUUGAAGAACAAUUCCAGCAAGGAAAACUGCUCGCUUGUAUAGCUUCAAGACCUGGCCAGUGUGGCAGAGCUGAUGGCUACGUUCUUGAAGGAAAGGAGCUGGAAUUCUACUUGAGGAAGAUCAGAGCCAAGAAAGGCAAAUAAACAUAUAUUCUAAGGAAAAUGUGAUUAAUAAACCAUUUUUCACUCAA